AUGAAUUCUUCCAUUAUCGAUGACAACAACAACAAUAAUUCUUUGAUUUAUACGUUAGUCGUUAUAAGUCAUAUUCCACAAGAUCUCAAUAAUAACAAUGACGAUUGUUACACUGACGACGGCGAAAGCGAAAGUGAAGACGACGGCGAAAAUUACGAAGAUAAUUAUCAACAACGAGUUAUAAGGACGUCAUCUACUAACAAUUAUAUUCAACAAUUAUUUCUUGAAUUUUUUGAACGGAAAGAUAUUGAUUAA